AAACGGCGCAAAAUGACACAUGGGAGAGAAAAGAAGAAAACUACGAUAAGAAAAACAAUAAACAGGAAAACGAGACAAUGCGCGGAAACGCAGAGCUGCCUCAUACAGCGGAGGAAAGAGAAAAGAGGAAGUUAGUGGGCUGUUGUGCAAGUUCAAAAGAGAAACAGAACCAAACCCACCUACACGAUGAGCAGCCCGAGAACGACGCCAUUCAUGAAUUCACUACACUUUUAAGUUUAAUCGUACAGAGAUAUGAAGGGGAAACCAGUGAAGACCAGUUUCAUGGAGAAGGGGUUGCUUGUUUUGAAGGAGGUCAUAUUUACAAGGGGAUGUUUUCCAAGGGACUUAUGGAUGGGCGUGGUAUCUUCACAGGAGCUGACGGAUGGAAAUAUGAGGGAGAAUUUGUUUGCAACAUGCCGAUGGGCAAGGGCACCUACACCUGGCCAGAUGGCAGCUCCUAUAAGGGGGAAGUGUACAAUGGUAUACGACAUGGGACUGGAACUUACAAAUGUGCAAUAAAUGGUGUGUCAUACACAGGGCAGUGGGAACAAGGCAAGAGGCAUGGCAAGGGUGCAGUGUAUUAUAACCUGGAUAAGACAUCUUGGUACAAAGGAGAUUGGGUGAAAAACAACAGAGAGGGAAGGGGAGUAAGACGCUACCCCUCUGGAAACAUGUACUCUGGUGAGUGGAAGAACAACCUGAGACAUGGAGAGGGCACGAUGAGGUGGCUAGAACUGGGGCAACAGUAUGUUGGGAUGUGGCAGAAUGGAGACCAACAUGGACGAGGCACACAGUUCUGGAUCAUGAGGCGAGCGGAUGGAUCUCAGUAUCCCCAGAGCAAUCAGUACACAGGGGAUUUCGUUCAGGGUCAGAGACACGGGCAGGGAACCUUAUGCUACGCUAGUGGUGCCAUCUAUGAAGGAGAAUGGAGAAGCAAUAAAAAACAUGGCAAGGCAAAAUUCACUUUUGAGGAUGGGCAUGUUUUUGAAGGAGAGUUUAUGGACGACCAGAUGAUGCCACACAACCUUAAUGAUAACAAAGCUCCCAUUGCUCUGCCUGGUUCAUCUAUCUUAAAAACAGACAUGACUCUGAACAUUGAAUGUCUCCUGGAGAAAAUCCCUGAGGGAAAGCUCGGCACUGAGCUUAAACAGGUGGAGUUUGUGGUGCUGAGGCAAGCGUCAGAGCUGAGGUCUGUCUAUAGUUUCUACAGCAGACUUGGCCAUGCCCACUCCCCAGACAACCCCUUCCUGCUGUCCCGCCUGCAGUUCUGGCGCCUGCUCAAAGACUGUAACAUCCACCAUCAAGGCAUCACUCUGACUCAGAUAGACCACUUCAUCAGAGAGGAUGCUACACCAGCCGAGAUCCACUCUCCUUUCACUCCCAUGCUUCUGCGUAGGCUCCUCAGCUGUCUAGUGGUUGUAGCCUACCACACCUACCAUAAGGACAUGGAGUCACAAAACAACCUUCUGGCAGCCUGCUUUUCUAAACUGAUGACGGACAACAUCCUUCCUAAUUCUAAGAAUGUAAAAGGUUUCCUGUUUAGGCAGCCAGACUGUGCAGUGGUGGCUGUGAGCUUCUUAAAGAAGUGCUGGGAAGUUUAUCAGGCUUACUGCAAAGUCAGUGCACCCCCCCGAGAUGACCAGACCAUGACCUGCCGACACCUGCUGUGGAUGUUCAAGGAUCUCCAUCUGCUAGACAAUAACCUGACCACAGCCAGAUUACUGCAGAUCAUCACUGCAGAAAACCGGGACCCCAGCAACCUGUCCGCCUGUCUGGAUCUGGAGAUUACAUUCCUGGAGUUUUUUGAGGUACUUCUGGGCUCUGCUGAGGUGAAGUGUCAGCGGGUUGCUGAAGGCCUGGAGGAGGCCCAGUCACCAUCCAGCCCUGACGCUGAGGCCAGGAGGGUUAUACCUGAGUUUCUAUCCAUCCAGGUGGCAGCUCCAUUAAAUCAUCCCAUCACUCCUGAAAUCUCCAGUUCAAAGACAGUGGAGACAGGGAAAUCAAGUGAUACAGCAGAAGUAUCCACUGCUCAGGACGUGGUGACUCAACAGGAUGUCAAGACUAAAGUCACUAAGAAACCUCAGUCUGCAGAGCAAAGAAGUAAAGGAAAAAGCGUGCUAACCAGAGGAAUUGAGUCCAAAGACUGUGAAGUGGAGCUUUGGAACCAGACGAUCCAUCAGUUCUUCAACCACUUUUUCUUCCCGGCUUUUGAACAUUACCAGUUGGUGUCCAGAAACAUGAAGGAGGAGAAGCUCUGCCAGGAGGCCCAGAGACGCAUCGCUCUGGCAAAGGCCAAACAAAGAGCAACUCCCAGCUAAGACUUAUUUAGUUAGGUCAGUUGAGAGUAUUUUGUAAUAAGUAUAAUUUGUCAAACUUUAAGCAGGUUCAACAGCAGUUUUCCCCCCGCAAAAUGACAAUCUUAAUGGACCACUUUUUAUUUGAAUGGAAUAAAUUAUAUAUUAUUUACUGUA